UACUGAAGGUAAAAGAGGGUUAAAAAAGAUCCCCCUCUGUCAGACAUGGACACAGUAACACACUGACCUACUUUCCCAGCACAUGCACGCAUUGUAUCUGAUCACAGAUUACAAAAACGUCCUGGCAGAUGGGGGCAUGAAAAUAAGCAAAUAAAGUCUAAAUGGCCAGUGUUUUAUUGUGCAUAAACCUGCUAAUCUGUGAGCAAAUUUGACAUCUUGGGUGCAAGCUAUGUUUUCUUGCACUCACGUGUACAGCUGGGCGGCAGGCUGUCGUUAAAGCCCCACCAGCUUAUUACCUCAUGCCCCGAGUCAGCAGCAAUCUUUCUCCAGUCGGCUAUGACCAUGGAUUCAGCUGCACACAACCUGUGGAGCCCAAAAUCCAGGGAAAACAGAAGGUUUUAAGUAUUCGUAUUGGGCCGCUUUAUUCCAGAAUGAAACGACGGUUAAGUUUUAAAUCCAGGCGCCACACUUUCCCGUCCCAUGAGGAACCGGCGAAGAGGCAGAAGUGGAUGAGAAGACGUUCUGAGUCAUCAUCUGCACAGGACUGGGGCAACCUGCCCCACCAUGUGGUCCUGCAGAUCUUCCAGCACCUGUCUCUGAUCGAUCGGGCCAAGGCCUCGUCUGUGUGCCGCUGUUGGAACGACGUGUUCCACACUCCGGACCUGUGGAGGAGAUUUGAGUUUGAGCUCAACCAGUCUGCCACUUCUUACCUGCGCUCCACUCACCCUGACCUGAUUCAGCAGAUUAUCAAGAAGCACGCCCAACACCUGCAGUAUGUUAGCUUCAAGGUGGACAGCUGCACAGAGUCUGCAGAGGCCGCCUGUGACAUCCUGUCCCAGCUGGUGAACUGCACCAUAAAGACGCUCGGCCUGAUUUCCACAGCACGGCCUAGCUUCAUGGACGUGUCUCAGGCCCACUUUGUGUCUGCACUGACUGUGGUGUUUGUAAACUCCAAGUCCUUGUCCUCCAUCAAGAUUGAUGACACCCCUGUGGAUGAUCCCUCCCUGAAGGUGCUGGUGGCGAACAACAGCGACACUCUCAAGCUGUUGAAGAUGAGCAGCUGUCCUCAUGUCUCCCCAGCAGGUAUUUUGUGUGUGGCAGACCAGUGCCAUGGCCUCAGGGAGCUGGCAUUGAACUAUCACCUCCUCAGUGACGAGCUCCUUCUUGCCCUGUCCUCUGAGAAGCGCGUCCACCUUGAGCACCUGCGCAUCGACGUGGUCAGCGAAAACCCCGGCCAGACCCACUUUCACACCAUCAAGAGGAGCAGCUGGGAAGCUUUGAUCCGGCACUCCCCGAAGGUCAACAUUGUCAUGUACUUCUUUCUGUACGAGGAAGAGUUUGAGCCCUUCUUCUGCGAGGACACCCCCGUCACCCACCUGUACUUCGGCCGGGCUGUCAGUAAAGAGAUGCUGGGGCGAAUCGGACUGAACUGCCCUCGGCUGGUGGAGCUGGUGGUGUGCGCCAACGGGCUGGAGCCGCUGGACGAGGAGCUGAUCCGAAUCGCAGAGCGCUGCCAGAGCCUGACAGCCAUCGGGCUGGGCGAAUGCGAGGUGACCUGCAGUGGCUUUGUGGAGUUUGUGAAGAUGUGUGGGGGCAGGCUGACGCAGCUGUCCAUCAUGGAGGAGGUGCUGAUCCCAGACAGCAGCUUCAACAUUGAGCAGAUCCACAGUGAGGUGUCAAAGCAUUUGGGUCGCAUGUGGUUCCCUGACAUGAUGCCCACAUGGUAGACAAACACAGUUCCAUGACCUCAGAUGAGUAUCAGAGGUAUGAGACUUAUAGAUGUCAUGCGACGUGACCUAAUCCAUCCAUCUUCAGAACCCGCUGGUUCUGGGGUUGCUGGAGCCAACCCAGCUACAGUUGGGUGAAGGCGGGGUACACUUCGCCAGUCUGUGGAGUCCAUACACUCACACAUCCAGACAAGUUAGUGUCACUAACCUACCUAAAAAAUGUUUUUAGACUGUGAGAGGAAGC